AUGGGUACUAUUCAGAUUCCGGUGACAAGCUCUGUAUGUAUUUUAGAUAUUUUAGUGACCGGGACUUUGGAGAGUGUUUCUGAUGAGAUAGAUUUGAAUUAUUUUGAACUCAUUUCGAUACUGGGGUUAUCUCGGAAAUCUGGUUAUCAGCCCACAUUCAUUGGGAAUGGUCGUCUGAAUGGCUCUUUGGUUGGUUAUGAUAGAGGGGAGAGUUUAGGUAUGGAUAGUUUAGCUCUAGAGAAAUUUGGUCGUUCGAGCCGCAGUGUAUGUAGCGCUGUUGGUGGUUUUGGUUUUACAGGAGAAAGAUAUGAAUUGGAAUAUGAGAGUGAUUUUGGCAAUCCUCUCGGUGGAGAUGUUGGAUAUGUACCUAAGUUCUUUGUUUUUCGUAGGACUCGGUGUGAAGAUGGGAAGAUGCAGAUGUUGUUGGGGUUUCCCAACUCGAGUUUUCAUGGACGGGGUAGUACUUUUCCCUUUGAACCUAGGACAAGUUUGAUUGCUGAAGGGGAAUGGAUUGAGAAGGAGAAUCGUAUGUUAGCUGUUGCGUGCCGGAUUUUGAAUUUUACGGAGUCAUUGACUAAUGCUGUUGUGGGAGAUUGUUCGACUAGACUCAGCUUUAGGUUACCUGCACGGGUGUCUUUAAGAAAUAGGUCUAGUAUUGUGGGGCAAAUUUGGAGCAACAGAGCGGUGAAUGACUCUAAUUACUUUGGUAAAAUUGGGUUUCACAGAGUGUCGGAGCAGUUGAUGAAAUUCUUACCAGGUUACAAAAACGAAUUCACUGAGUAUGACACGGUGAGGAAAACUUGUGAUGAAAAGAAGACCAAUGAAGGAAAAAGAAAGAAAUACCCUGAUGAGCAUUUGUUGGAAAUGACACUUCAAAUGGCAGUGAGAAACAGUACAGGGCAAACUGAAUGGGUUCAUGUAUCCCCAUUGUUUGUGGAUGGCGAUCGAAGUCAUGCUGGGCUUUGGGAUAAACUGCUGAAGAAAAGCCAUAGUAGUGUGGUGAAUAUGAGCUAUGAUUUAACCUUCAGUUUCAUACAUGACUAUAAUUUCUUUGAUAAUGGUACACCUCAGUUUCAACAAAAAUAUAUGCUGAAGGAAUAUAUGAUAGGGAUAAUGGUAAUCUAUGCAUGUAGGCAUGUAUUGUCAAAAGAUCAAGAAUUGAUGGAAAAGGAUACGCUAGACUGUGCUAUCAAAAUUAAUCUCCAGUUUUCUCCAUUGGAUGCCAAGAAUCGUAGAAUUGUCAAUGGGACUAUUGAAAGCACAAGGAGAAAGUCAGACCCUCUUUAUUUUGAGCCUAUGGAGUUAUUAUACUCAGGUUCCAUUACCGAAAGGCAAGCUGCAAAGUCCAUUUCAAGAAUGGACUUGGAGAAUGUUAUGGUUCUAAUUUCCAACUUCUUUGCAUGUGUCUUUGUUGGCUGCCAGCUCUAUUAUGUGAAGAAACACCCAGAUGUACUCCCGUUCAUCUCCAUUGUGAUGCUUGUUGUUCUCAUUCUGGGGUACGCGAUUCCUCUUCUGUCCAACUUUGAAGCAAUGUUUAUGCGAAACCGCAACAACUGGCAGGAUAAGUUUCUUGGCACUGGUGAAUGGCACAAGGUGAAUGAAGUAAUUGUCAGCGUGAUGAUGUUGGUAGUUUUCCUGCUGCAGCUGCGGCUUCUCCAGCUGACCUGGUGCUCGAGACAAGGUAAUGGAAGCCAGAAGCGCUUGAGGGAAUCCGAGAAAAAGGUUCUUUAUACAACUUUACCACUAUACAUAGCUGGUGCACUGAUUUCUUGUUUCGACCACCAGUGGAUCCAUACUCACCACACCUCAUACAUACCACUACACGUCCAUUUGCCUCUUCAUAUUGUUCGCCAGCGACACAAUCUCUGGGAUGACCUCAAGCCUUACAGUGGCUUUGCCCUGGACGGUUUCCUGUUCCCACAGAUACUGUUCAACUUGUUCUUCAAUUCAGGAGAAAAGGCUCUCACCUGUGCAUUCUAUUUCGGAACUACCAUAAUCCGUCUGUUGCCUCAUGCAUAUGAUCUUUACAGGGCUCAUACAUUUCCUCGGCUUCCUGCUCUCUAUUUCUUUAUGCAAACCCGGCAUCGGAUUUUUUCUCCACUGCCUGGAACAUCAUCAUUCCUUGCUGUGGUCUGUUGUUUGUCACCAUUGUUUUCUUGCAGCAGAGGCUUGGUGGCCGUUGCAUUCUUCCCAAUAAAUUUAGACAAGACCUCUUGUGUAUAUGAGAAAGUCUCUGUCAUCAGCAAUGCCUAA